AUGGGAGGCGUCUCUGAGAAGAAGAUCGAUUACUUUAACAAACUGAAGCAGCUGUUGACCGAGAACAAGUCUUUGUUCUUGGUCGGUGUUGACAACGUCAGCUCUCAGCAGCUCCACGAGGUCCGUAAGAACCUGCGUGGCCGUGCUACUGUUCUUAUGGGUAAGAACACCAUGGUCCGCCGUGCCUUCCGUACCUUCAUCAACGAUAUCCCUGAGUUGGAGCGUUUGUUGCCUUACAUCAAGGGCAACAUCGGUUUCGUCUUCACCUCCGAUGACCUCAAGGAUAUCCGCGAGGAGAUUCUGUCCAACCGUGUCGCUGCCCCUGCUCGUGCUGGUGCCGUGGCUCCUAUGGACGUUUUCGUCCCCGCCGGUAACACUGGUAUGGAGCCUGGUAAGACCUCGUUCUUCCAGGCCCUUGGUAUCCCCACCAAGAUUACCCGUGGUACCAUUGAGAUUACCUCCGAUGUUAAGGUCGCCUCCACCGGUGACAAGGUCGGCCCCUCCGAGGCUACCCUGCUUAACAUGUUGAACAUCUCUCCCUUCACUUAUGGUCUGACUGUCGACGCUGUCUACAACGAGGGCCAGGUCUUUGGUGCCGAGAUCCUCGAUAUCACCGACGAGGAGCUCACCAGCCAGUUCGUUGCUGCUGUUCGUAACAUUGCCACUGUCUCGCUUGCUUCGUCUAUCCCGACCUUGCCUGCCGUCAGCCACUGGCUCAUCAACAACUACAAGAACUUGCUCGCCGUCUCUAUUGCCACCGACUACACUUUCGAGGGCUCUGAGGCCAUCAAGGACCGUAUCGCCAACCCUGAGGCUUACGCUGCCGCUGCUCCUGCCGCUGCUGCUUCCGCUUCUUCUGGUGCUGCCGAGUCUGCUGCUCCUGUCGAGGAGGAGGAGGAGUCCGACGGUGACAUGGGCAUGGGUCUUUUCGACUAA